CUGCGCUCUUGAUAUAAACAGAUAGCGAGAGUGAUUCGUGGCUACACGUUUAAAUGCGGAUAAAAUUACGACUUAAUGUAUGAAAAUGAAUGUGGAUUGACAUAGCUUGCAAUGAAUGCCUUACUUAAUUAUGGAAGCGAUGACACUGAUGAUGAUAACGCAAAAGGGGACCAGGGAGAAGACAAUCGGGUCCAACCACAAGAAACAUUUGACUUCUUCAACUUGAACACAAGGGUUGAAUUCGAUGAAGAGGAGCCGAAAAUCAAACAAUUGAAAACGGUAUUGACGGCAUCAUCCGGUCUUACUGUCGAAGUGCCUUCCAAUGAAUUCUGGGAGCCUGUCUCUUCUGAUGACAUAAAGUUUGUCACAGUAGCACACGAUAAAAGAGAAUGUAAUGCAAUCUGUUCAUGCAGAAACGAGAACAGAAGAGAGCGGGUAGAUUUUGAAUGUAAAACUCGUAACUUGAGGCAUGCUCCAUCACAAUACAAACCUGCGCGUUCACAGAUAGUCGCAACUGCUUCAGAAAAUGAGCAAACAGGAAAUGCCCGACAUGUUAGCCGAGAACAAAGACAGGCCAAAUCUGUACAAGGACAAGUUAAAAACAAAAUUGGGAAAAAUAAUGUUGAUAGUCAAAUCAACAACAGAAAAUUAUUUUUCCUGCAUUCAAAGAUCAAAUCUUAUCUGAAUGGAAAACUGAUCUUCAGAAUACCAAAUAAUGUGGAACAAGAUACAACAGGACAUUCAGGGCCAGUGAACAGAGUUAAAUGGAACACUGCAAUUUACAGUCAUUUACUAAUGUCCGUUUCUAUGGAUGGCACGGUCAAGGUGUGGAACUUCUGGUCCAGCCUGGAUCCAUGUGUAAAGACGCUUAAUAUUCAUACAAAGGCAGUGAGAGAUGCUUGCUGGGGUCAUUCUGGCAAAGAAAUAAUAUCUUGUGGAUAUGAUAAAAUGGUAAUCCUGUCUGAUGUUGACACAGGUCAACAAUUGACAACUUUUCAACACGAAAAUUAUGUGAAUUGUGUUAAGUGUCACCCAGAUAAUACCAAUAUAUUUGUGUCGGGAUCCUAUAACAUACUACAGGCCUGGGACAGACGUACACCGGACAGACCUGUUAGAGAAUUCAUCUACAAGGACAACACUGGACAGGUCCAAGAUGUGAUAUUUUCAGCUGAUGGAAGCAGCAUGUUUUCAUCCUGUGAUUUAUUGAGUCGUGACUCUGCUGAUAGGAACCUGAUGGCUUGGGAUUUCAGUAGUGGGGUGGUUCUCUCCAACCAAAUAUACCAGGAGCGAUACAGCUGUACAAGGCUCAAGCUACACCCGACUGAGGGCCACUUCCUAGCUCAAACUAAUGGCGACUACAUAGCCAUCUUCUCUACACAAAAGCCCUACAAACUCAACAAGGCCAAGCGCUUUCAGGGUCACAAGGGGAACGGCUACGCAGUUGGAUUUGACUUGUCUGUAGAUGGGUCACUAGUGGUCAGUGGCAGUGCUGAUGGUGACACUUACUUUUACAAUUACCACACUGGACGGCUCCUUCGCACACUGACCACUGGUCUGGACAUUUGUACAGAUGUGGCCAUACAUCCUGUAUUGACCAGCACAGUUGCAUGCUGUGGAUGGAAUGGACACAUACAGGUAUGGAGAUGACCAUUACUGACCAAUGGAAGUGUUGUGAUAGCCAUGAACAUUAUUCUGGCAUAAAGAUGACCUUAACUGACCAAGUGUUGUGGCUGGUGAUAUUGACUGAUCAUUAUACAGAGGUGUUGUGGUUAGAGAGGAUACAAGAUGGAUGUGCAAGUUCUACACCGGAUUAGUUUUGAAGUGAUCACUGGUAUAAAGCUUAUAGGAUGAAGUCACACUUCACCAUUUUUGAAGUAAAUAAUGUAUUUCUCAAAAUACCUUCUUAAAAACAGUUCAUAUUUACACCGAGUGAGUUAAAAGACUUCUAUAUUGCUUCAAUUUUGGCAGUCAGCACUCGAGUUAAAGGGUCAAAGGUUACCCUUGACCACAUGGGAGGUUGCUGUUGAAUUAUGUAUAUUAUGAUAGCCAUACUCACUAAGGUUUUUUAAGGGGGGAAAACUGCACAUGUGCAGACACAAUUUUUCAGGACAAAUGUUGGCAGUAUAACAUAGUUUUACCAUUUUGAAGUUAGUCUUGUAUCUAAUUUGUGAUCCUCUGAAAGCUGAUUCUUGAAAGAUUGAACUUUGGUAAUCACAACUGUUCUAUCAUGUAAGAUCUUGUUUACAGUCUCCACACAGCAACAUUUCCUUGUUAGUGGAUCAGUGUCUACAAAGUGUGUCCAUGGAUAUCAAAAAUAAAAACUCCAACUCAGAUUAAGAUAUGGAUGAAACUUUUAUUUAUGUAUUUUAGAAAAAGCAUAAAAACACAAUACCCAUCAACAUGAAAUAAAUAUACCGUGUAGCACUAUUUUGAAUUGCUGAGUCUGUGUACAAAUAAAUAUUCCCACAAAAUGCUCUCAUAAAAUAAAAUGUAUGAUAAGCAAAAAAAAAAAAAAAGUUAGAGUCUGACUCAGUAAAACAAAUUUAACGACAAAUAAAAGUCAAUCUAUAAUCAAAUGAUCAGAACAAUAUAACAGACACACACUACCACUGAUGAUAAAGAUUCCAAACCCAGGUGAACAUUGCUCUUCAUGGUUAUAGUUCUGGGAAUGAUUACUUGGUCAGAUGUUGAUAUUUACAGAUGUGAAUAUUAUGAAGGAAUAUAACUUUUAAAUAGUGGUCACAAUCUGCUAUCAUUUGUUGAACAGAAAAUUGCUCAGAAAAUAUAGCAUAAGGUUUAAAGAUGAAAAGAUCAAAUAAUUCUACCGCUGAUUUAAACAUCCUUUCAAGGAAGCUCCGUGUGUAGUAGGUAUUAUUUCAGUGAACAUGUACAAGAUUGCAUACUUGUAGCCAGCAAAUACAUGUACACAUAUCAUGAAACAACAUACACAUGAAUAAAUAGAUGUGAAGCACUUAACAUGGACUUGUAUGCCAUGUUAGAUAAAAUAACUCACUGGUAUUGAAAUUCAUAAUGGAAAUCAACAAGUUACAAUUUGACCAACCAGACGAAACAAUGCUGGGAGUGUCUAGUUCAUUAGCCAAGGAAGGCCUAUAACUGUGUUCUGCUAUAAGUUGUAAAGACACAUGCAAACCUCUUGUUUAUACAUCAAGAUCUGACAUAAUAUAUAUCUGUGACGUGCGUUACAGAGACGCAUUUAUGAUAUCUAAAAACCACAAACAUUCAGUAUACCUUUAAACAUGAUACACAAUAUAUAUUGUCACACAAACUUACCUGAUAAAUACAUGUACAGUUGUAAACUUUGAAAUCGUGUAGCUUCAGAGUGGUUUAUAUCGGUAAAUUCUGUAGAAAAACAGGGUUGGGGUGGGGCAAUUAUUUCAAAUACAUAAUCAUCAUACAAAAUAUUAUAUAACUACAUAUGUAUUGUGAAACCUGACUAUACUGUUGAUAAGUGAUAUCUAACUGUUAGGACAUCCUAUAAUAUCAGAUAUGAUUAGAAAGAUUGGUAUGUAGGUAUUUAACCUUAAGUUUACCGUCUAAACGAUUCAGUCCUGUUGAUGUAAGUAACAACAGAUUUCAUUGUAGUAUCAAACAAAUAAGCCUAAACCCAGGAUCAGGAUACAUGGAUACGUGACUAGGAUAGCUAGCAUUUUUGAACAGAACCUGCUGUUCUGGUCCUGACCAGAUCCUAAGUCCAUGGACGAUUUUAUAAACCAGAGUGUCUUCCUAAUUUAUUGGCACAAUUUCAUGACACUUCAUUGUGACUGAAGUUGUAACAUUUCAAGAAAACACCAUGUUGUAAACAGAAAUGGUUGGCUGUGUCUUUACAUGUGAUCAGUAAACACCUCUAUGAAGUUUGACCCAAGGGUUUAGACCUAGUUUAACACCCAAGAGUUAAAAUUUAUUAAUAGGACUGCACUAAUAGGAAAUGGUAUCAUUAUUGCCUGUGUUGAACAGUGAAAACUUGGUGUGGCACCUUUAAUCACUGUGGAUGCUUAAACCUCCAAGGCAGGGAUGGAUAGAGGCGAAAACAAAGUUACGCUGGCUUUAAACCUCUUCAAUUGCAGCUUACCCAUACAUUAUUGCACCAUACAAUCUAAACAACAGUGUUAACUCACGAAAGAAAAUGUGCACAUAUGAAGAUGUACUUCACCACCAACCUAAUAUCAUUCAACAUGGGACUAGAUUAAAUAUCUAUGCCUACAGUAUAACAUUUUAUAUGUACUUAAAUUUUGUUAACACUGUAUCUUAAAUACAUGUAAUAUUUCUAUAAACUACAUUCCAUAAUAUACAAUAACAAUGAUUUCUAUCUGACAUGAGUAUAAAUGAUGCUACAUAACAUUUUGGUAAAAUACUGCCUUUAGACUCUAGAAAUUAAAUAAUAUAUACUUUGUCAAAUCAAUUUAUUUCCAAUACACUUUCACUGGAUAAGUUACUUUAAACUUGACAUAUGAUAUAGAAUACCAUUGUUGAAGGGAGAUAAUCCACUCUAUUUAAAUUGAUGUUGCAUACAGUAUGGCUAGCACAAGUUUGACAUUUUAACUGUGACAGCUAAAAUCUGACACUUAGGUCCAAUCAAUAUGUCAUCUAAUAAACCUUUUUAGUUUGUUUUGACUCAACAUAUUCUUAAAUUCUAUGUAAAUGGUACGCAAAAAUUUCAAAUACAAAUGUCACCUUUUCAAAAUGAAUUGAAAAAAAUCACUAUCAUCCAGUCUGUUGAUUACAACUAAUGUAUCAAAUGCAAUAUGCUCCUUCAUUUUACGUUUUUACAUAGCCCUACAAUUUGGAUGCAACACACCAGGUGUCAGUUAGGCAGCUAUCAGUUUGACAACAUUGAUGCUAGACAAGUCUAAAUACAAAUCACCAGGACAAACAUGCUGUCAAGGUAAAAAACAGACAUACAAAACACCACCACAAGAGGGAGAUCAAUGAACAGACUGCCAUAUAACACAAAUACAGCAAAGAAUUGUCACAUACAAUAAAUACUGGAAAGAAAGGUACACACACUGCCACGUACAAGGAGUACAAGACAUUUACACACACUGCCACGUACAAGGAGUACAAGACAUUUACACUGCCAUAUACAAGGAGUACAAGACAUUUACACACACUGCCACUUACACUGCCAUAUACAAGGAGUACAAAGACAUUUACACUGCCAUAUACAAGGAAUACCUGAGUGUAACUAUAUACCACUCCAUGGUCAAACAUCAGUAAUAUCAUAUUAGGACAUGUUUUCACUCAUUCACCCCUGAAAUUUCAUAAUGAACUAUUCCAACCUUUUGAAUUGGAAGAGUUCAAAUGUGU